AUGCCUCGGGACAAGCUCGUCGCCUCUGAGAGUGAUGUCAGCCUUGAGAUCCAUGCAGAUGCAGAAUUUGAGGAUGACCUCAGCAAUUACAGCCAGGGCACAGACAGAGAAGUGAAAAGGCGACCCAGGGAGAGGAACACUGCAAGCGCGAGUAAAGAAAGAGAGCACAAGAAAAGGACAAGGAAUGGAGGGAGCAAUGGUAAUACUGGCAGACCGGAGAGUAACACUCGGGGACGAGAGGCAGAGGAGCAUCGUGAUAAGAAACAGGGCCGAAGACGUAGGGAGAAGAAGGACGAAGAGAAAACACCAACGGAGGAAGAGAAUGGAGAGGCGGAUUGUAGGGUGGAUAGAGAGGCUCAGAAGGAAAAAAGGGCGGCGAGGAACGGGAAGACCAAAAAGCAACUGAAAGAGAAAGAAGAGAAAGAGGAGGAGAACAGAAACCAUAGGAGGCACAGGCCCUCUAAAACAGAAGAGGAGAGCAUGAGCAGUCAGAAGAAAGACAAGAAGAAGAAGAAGAAGAAACAGGAGGAUGAGGAGCCAGAGAAGGCAGACAAAGGGCGAAAGAAAAGGAAGAAGAAAGUUGAAACGAGCUCAGAGUCAUCUGAGUCUUCAUCAUCUUCAUCCGAGGACGAUGAUAGCGAUGAAGAGGAGGGAGAGGAGAAGGCGCUGGCGGCGUUAACCCCAGAGGAGCUGGAGAAGCUGAAGGAGGCCGUGGAGGAGAGGAAGAAGCUGAUCGGCACCAUCAGAGCCAAACCCUGGGCCAUGAAGAAGAAGCUACAGAUGCUCAAGGAAUCUCAGGAGUUUGUGGAGAAAUAUGAAGGUGCCCUUGGGAAAGGGAGGGGUCGCAAGCUGUAUGCCUACAAGGUCAUGAUGCAGAAGAAAUGGAUGAAGUUCCAGCGUGACUUUGACAACUUCAAGACAGCAUGCAUACCCUGGGAGAUGAAGAUUAAAGACAUUGAAAGUCAUUUCGGUUCCUCGGUGGCUUCCUACUUCAUCUUCCUCAGGUGGAUGUACGGGGUUAACAUGAUCCUCUUCGGACUCACAUUUGGCCUCGUCAUGGUACCAGAGGCACUCAUGGGGCGACCGUAUGGUAGCCUUCCCAGGAAGACUGUACCCAGGCCAGAUGAGGCGACUGCCAUGGACUUUGCUGUAUUAUGGGAUUUCGGGGGCUAUGCCAAGUACUCCGUGCUGUUCUAUGGCUACUACCAUAACCAGCGCACGAUUGGCUGGCUGAAGUUCCGCAUGCCGCUCUCCUACUUCCUGGUUGGCGUGGGCAUGGUGGCCUACAGCUACAUGGUGGUCAUCAGGACGAUGGCCCGCAAUGCCAAUGAGCAGGGGGGUGGAGAUGACACCAGCUUCAACUUCAGCUGGAAAAUAUUCACCAGCUGGGACUACCUAAUUGGAAACCCAGAGACCGCAGACAACAAGUUUGCCUCCAUCACCACCAGUUUCAAGGAGGCCAUCGUGGAGGAGCAGGAGAGCAGGAAGGAUGAGAACAUCCACCUGACGCGCUUCCUGCGGGUGCUGGCCAACUUCCUGGUUCUCUGCUGCCUGGCAGGAAGUGGCUACCUGAUCUACUUUGUGGUGCGCAGGAGCCAGAAGUUCGCUCUGGAGGGGCUGGAGAACUAUGGCUGGUGGGAGCGGAACGAGGUGAACAUGGUAAUGUCUCUGCUGGGUAUGUUCUGUCCCAUGUUGUUUGACGUCAUCAGUUCUCUUGAGAACUACCACCCGCGUAUUGCCCUCCAGUGGCAGCUGGGCCGCAUCUUCGCCCUGUUCCUAGGCAACCUCUACACCUUCAUCAUCGCCCUCAUGGACGAGAUCAACCUCAAGAGGAAAGAGGAGGAGGUGGUGAAGCACAACAUGACGGUGUGGCAGAACAGCCUGUAUAACGGCACAGCAGGCCACAACACCACCGCAUCCUCCAUCCCUAGUGUAGACCCUGCUGACGUGCCCCGCGGACCCUGCUGGGAGACCAUGGUGGGGCAGGAGUUUGUUCGUCUCAUCAUCUCUGACACCAUGACGACGUACGUGACCCUGCUGAUCGGUGACUUCCUGAGGGCUCUCAUCGUGCGCUUCCUCAACUACUGCUGGUGCUGGGACCUGGAGUACGGCUUUCCGUCCUACUCAGAGUUUGACGUCAGCGGCAAUGUCCUGGGGCUGAUCUUCAACCAGGGAAUGAUCUGGAUGGGUGCCUUCUACGCCCCCUGCCUUCCUGCCCUGAACCUGCUGCGUCUGCAUGUGUCCAUGUAUCUCCAGUGCUGGGCGGUCAUGUGCUGUAACGUUCCCCAGGAGCGCGUCUUCAAGGCCUCGGGCUCCAAUAACUUCUACAUGGCCAUGCUGCUGGUCAUCCUCUUCCUCUCCACCCUGCCCGCCAUCUACACCAUCGUCUCCAUACCCCCCUCCUUCGACUGCGGACCCUUCAGUGGGAAAAGCCGCAUGUUCGACGUGAUCCAGGAGACGCUGGAGACGGACUUCCCCGCCUGGUUUGGGAAGGUGUUCAGCUACGUCUCCAACCCCGGCCUGGUCCUCCCAUUCAUGCUGCUCUUGGUAUUAGCAAUAUACUACCUGAACUCCAUAUCCAAGUCAUACAAGCAGUCCAACCUGGAGCUGAAAAAGAAACUUCAGACUCAAAAUGAAGAAAAUAAAAAGAAGAAUAAGAGGGCUGCCCAGAAGGCAGCUAAUGAGCUGGAGGAGGCCAGACACACGAUGACUCAACAGCAGCAGCCUCAGCAGAGCAACAACAACGCUUCUAAACAGGAUGACAACAGAAGACCAAACAGCAAAACAAGUAAUCAAAACAGACAACAAACAGACAGCAGAACUAGUCACAGAGACUCCAGCAGGCACAGCACCACUACCACCACCACCACCACACACCAACCAAAGACCCAUCAUGGACAGCCAGAGUCCCACAGCAGGUACGUCGACAGACCCCCAGCCCCACGAGGACAGGUCAUGUCAGGCUACCUACCUGGACAUCCGCAUCAUCCUGGAUCUAGAGGGUCAAGGCAGCACAGUUACAGGGAUGAUGGACAAUGGAUGGAUGAGUGAACGUCAUUUCAUGUUAUACAUAUAUAUUAUUUUGUAAGGCAAGAAAGACCUCGCCUGAUUAUCAUCGACUUUCAAAUCUCUUCGAGACUUGGUCUGACCAAACGGCAUUUCCCAAACGGCCUUCCUUGGUUUGCUAAUGAUUGUUUACUUCCCAACAAAGUAGGAGGAGUUCCCGAUUUUGCGGGAGCUCAGAACGUACUUGCAUUGCUCUUGACCUGACUGGUAGCAACGCUGAAGCUGUUGCGUCACUAGGAGGCUAAGAAAGACCCGCACACCGUUGCGCUCCCUCCCUUUUAAUCGUCUUUUAUUUUCGUGACGUUUCGGGCCACCACGGCCAUUCGUCAGACUGACAAACUAUAAAUGGACUAUAAAUAUUCUGGAGCAAUGUCAAAAGCUUUUGUUGUUGAGCCCUUGGUGACAUGGCGGCCUGAAGUACCCGUGCCAUGGAAAGGAGUGGCUUCAUGGCUAUGAAAGUGAAAGCCCAACUGGGAAACUCCAACUCCCAUUGCCAUUGUGACACAGCACACAAGUGAACACUGCACACUGCACACAACGGAAGUGCAUUUAUGUCUCACCCGUGCAAGGGGGCAGCCCUCAAUGCGGCGGGACGGCGCCAUGCUCAGGGUACCUCAGUCAUCGAGGAGGAUGGGGGAGAGCACUGAUUAAUUAUCCCCCCCAACAACCUGGCGGCUCAGGAGUCGAACCGGCAACCUUUGGGCUAUAAGUCUGACACCCUAACCGCUUACCCAUGACUGCCCAUGGACUGAAGACGGAAAAUGUCUCACAUUGUUGAGAGAUAAUCCGUUCUGCUAAGAUUGUAAUUCAUCCAGGUCAUGUUUUUUAAGAUGUUUGUAACUUGACUGAAUGUCUUUUGGGACCUGUCAACGUUUUUGGAUAUCUACUUCGGAGAAGGACAUGGAUAUGGACAAAGCGUGAUGUGUUGAAAAAUCAGAUGGGGGAACAGAGACUUAAGAUUUUAAGAAACAAGAGUGGAGAUGCAGUAAUUGCUUUGAAGGGUCACUAUUCGUUAUCCAGGAUAUUAAAAUCAUUGAGCCAAGGUGGGAGAAAUUACUCCCUACAAAUUGCUCACUAUACUACUACAUGUAGAGGUCUCUAUCACAGAGGCCCAUGGAACUCUUAAUGUGGAUCAAAGUGGUGUAACAAGCUCAACUCAACCAAAGUAAAAAAGCAACUGUGUGCUCAUACGUUAAAAAGUAUACAAAAUAACGACAACAAGACAGCACUCCAAGUUGUGCAUUUUAUUGACCGUCAGACAUUUCCGUCUUAACCUUCCUCACUGUC